GCCAGGCGCGGCGCGGACGGCAGGAAGGGCGGGGGCCGAUUUCCCUCUGGGUGGUGCCAGUCCGCACCUCAGCGGUCCUUGGAACCCGCGGACUAGGCGGACGGACAGCGCGCGAGGCAGACAGACACGUGCUGGGGCGGGCGGGCGAGCGCCCGGGUCUGGUCGCCUGGCGGUGCCUCCCGCCCCGACGCGCCCGGGCCGCCGCGGGCCGCGCGAGCCGAUGCCCGGCUGAGUCACUGGCCGGGCAGCGCGCGUGUGGGAAGGGGCGGAGGGAGCGCGGCCGGCGGGCGGGGCGCUGGGCUCCGCGGGGCCGCAGGUGACCCGAAGGCCCUCGCCGCCCGCGGCGCCCCGAGCGCUUUGUGAGCAGAUGCGGAGCCGAGUGGAGGGCGCGAGCCAGAUGCGGGGCGACAGCUGACUCGCUGCGAGGAGGCGGGGAGGCGCGGAGCGCGCGGGUGGUCCCUGCGCCGCUGACUUCUCCACGGGUUCCUGGGCACCGCAAGGGCGUUGAUGAAGAGUAAAUCAAAGGCUUUAGCAGAAUGCCUCUCACAUGAUAAACCUCUCACAAUGAAGGCCCCUGCUGUGCUUACACCUGGCAUCCUCCUGCUCCUGUUUACCUUGGUGCAGAAGAGCAAUGGGGAGUGUAAAGAGGCACUAACGAAGUCCGAGAUGAAUGUGAAUAUGAAGUAUCAGCUUCCCAACUUCACUGCAGAAACACCCAUCCAGAAUGUCAUUCUACAUGAGCAUCACAUUUUCCUUGGUGCCACUAACUACAUUUACGUUUUAAAUGAGGAAGACCUUCAGAAGGUUGCUGAGCACAGGACAGGGCCUGUGCUGGAACACCCAGAUUGUUUCCCAUGUCAGGACUGCAGCAGCAAAGCCAAUUUAUCAGGAGGAGUUUGGAAAGAUAACAUCAACAUGGCUCUGGUUGUCGACACCUACUAUGAUGACCAACUCAUUAGCUGUGGCAGCGUCAACAGAGGAACCUGCCAGCGACACGUCUUUCCCCACAAUCAUACUGCUGACAUUCAGUCGGAGGUUCACUGCAUAUUCUCCCCGCAGACAGAAGAGCCCAGCCAGUGUCCUGACUGCGUGGUGAGCGCCCUCGGAACCAAAGUCCUUUUAUCUGUAAAGGAACGGUUCCUCAACUUCUUUGUAGGCAAUACCAUAAAUUCUUCUUAUGUCCCAGAUCAUUCGUUGCAUUCAAUAUCAGUGAGAAGGCUAAAGGAAACAAAAGACGGUUUUAUGUUUUUGACGGACCAGUCCUACGUUGAUGUUUUACCUGAGUUCAGAGAUUCUUACCCCAUUAAGUACGUCCAUGCCUUCGAAAGCAACAAUUUUAUUUACUUCUUGGCGGUCCAAAGGGAAACUCUAAAUGCUCAGACUUUUCACACGAGGAUAAUCAGGUUCUGUUCCAUAAACUCUGCACUGCAUUCCUACAUGGAAAUGCCUCUGGAGUGUAUUCUCACAGAAAAGAGAAAAAAGAGAUCCACAAAAAAGGAAGUGUUUAAUAUCCUUCAGGCUGCAUAUGUCAGCAAGCCUGGGGCCCAACUUGCGAGGCAAAUAGGAGCCAGCCUGAAUGAUGACAUUCUCUUCGGGGUGUUUGCACAAAGCAAGCCAGAUUCUGCUGAACCAAUGGAUCGAUCUGCCGUGUGUGCAUUCCCUAUCAAAUAUGUCAACGACUUCUUCAACAAGAUCGUCAACAAAAACAACGUGAGAUGUCUCCAACAUUUUUACGGACCCAAUCAUGAGCACUGUUUUAAUAGGACAUUUCAGAGAAAUUUUUUAGGCUGUGAAACACGCCGCGAUGAAUAUCGAACAGAGUUUACCACAGCUUUGCAGCGCAUUGACUUAUUCGCGGGUCAAUUCAACAAAGUCCUCUUAACUUCUAUAUCCACCUUCGUUAAAGGAGACCUCACCAUUGCUAAUCUUGGGACAUCAGAGGGCCGCUUCAUCCAGAUUGUGGUUUCUCGAUCAGUACCAUCAACCCCUCAUGUGAAUUUUCUCCUGGACUCCCACCCGGUGUCUCCAGAAGUGAUCGUGGAGCAUCCGUUAAACCACAAUGGCUAUACACUGGUUGUCACUGGGAAGAAGAUCACCAAGAUCCCAUUGAAUGGUUUGGGCUGCAGACAUUUCCAGUCCUGCAGUCAGUGCCUCUCUGCUCCUUCCUUUGUGCAGUGUGGCUGGUGCCACGAUAAAUGUGUGCGAUCGGAGGAAUGCUCCAGUGGGACAUGGACUCAAGAGACCUGUCUGCCUACAAUCUACAAGGUUUUCCCAACUAGUGCACCCCUUGAAGGAGGGACAAGGCUGACCAUAUGUGGCUGGGACUUUGGAUUUCGGAGGAAUAAUAAAUUCGAUUUAAAGAAAACUAGAGUUCUCCUUGGAAAUGAGAGCUGCACCUUGACCUUAAGUGAGAGCACGAUGAAUACAUUGAAAUGCACAGUUGGUCCUGCCAUGAAUGAGCAUUUCAAUAUGUCCAUAAUUAUUUCAAACGCCCACGGAACAACACAAUAUAGUACAUUUUCCUAUGUGGAUCCUAUAAUAACAAGUAUUUCCCCGAGAUAUGGUCCUAUGUCUGGUGGCACUUUACUUACUUUAACUGGAAAUUACCUAAACAGUGGGAAUUCUAGACACAUUUCAAUUGGUGGAAAAACAUGUACUUUAAAAAGUGUGUCAAACAGUAUUCUUGAAUGUUAUACCCCAGCCCAAACCAUUUCAACUGAGUUUCCUGUUAAAUUGAAAAUUGACUUAGCCAACCGAGAGACAAGCAUCUUCAGUUACCGGGAAGACCCUAUUGUCUAUGAAAUUCAUCCAACCAAAUCUUUUAUUAGUGGUGGGAGCACAAUAACGGGUAUUGGGAAAAACCUGAAUUCAGUUAGUGUUCCGAGGAUGGUCAUAAAUCUGCAUGAAGCAAGAAGGAACUUUACAGUGGCAUGUCAGCAUCGCUCUAAUUCAGAGAUAAUCUGCUGUACCACUCCUUCCCUGCAACAGCUGAAUCUGCAACUCCCCCUGAAAACCAAAGCCUUUUUCAUGUUAGAUGGGAUCCUUUCCAAAUACUUUGAUCUCAUUUAUGUACAUAAUCCUGUGUUUAAGCCUUUUGAAAAGCCAGUGAUGAUCUCAAUGGGCAAUGAAAAUGUACUGGAAAUUAAGGGAAAUGAUAUUGACCCUGAAGCAGUUAAAGGUGAAGUGUUAAAAGUUGGAAAUAAGAGCUGUGAGAAUAUACACUUACAUUCCGAAGCCGUUUUAUGCACAGUCCCCAGUGACCUGCUGAAAUUGAACAGCGAGCUAAAUAUAGAGUGGAAGCAAGCAAUUUCUUCAACCGUUCUUGGAAAAGUAAUAGUUCAACCAGAUCAGAAUUUCACAGGAUUGAUUGCUGGUGUUGUCUCAAUCUCAAUAGCGCUCUUAUUACUACUUGGGCUUUUCCUGUGGCUGAAAAAAAGAAAGCAAAUUAAAGAUCUGGGCAGUGAAUUAGUUCGCUAUGAUGCAAGAGUACACACUCCUCAUUUGGAUAGGCUUGUAAGUGCCCGAAGUGUAAGCCCAACUACAGAAAUGGUUUCAAAUGAAUCUGUAGACUACCGAGCUACUUUUCCAGAAGAUCAGUUUCCCAACUCAUCUCAGAAUGGUUCAUGCCGACAAGUGCAGUAUCCUCUGACAGACAUGUCCCCCAUCCUGACUAGUGGGGACUCUGAUAUAUCCAGUCCAUUACUGCAAAAUACUGUCCACAUUGACCUCAGUGCUCUAAAUCCAGAGCUGGUCCAGGCAGUGCAGCAUGUAGUGAUUGGGCCCAGUAGCCUGAUUGUGCAUUUCAAUGAAGUCAUAGGAAGAGGGCAUUUUGGUUGUGUGUAUCAUGGGACUUUGUUGGACAAUGAUGGCAAGAAAAUUCACUGUGCUGUGAAAUCCUUGAACAGAAUCACGGACAUAGGAGAAGUUUCCCAGUUUCUGACCGAGGGAAUCAUCAUGAAAGAUUUUAGCCAUCCCAAUGUCCUCUCGCUCCUGGGAAUCUGCCUGCGAAGUGAAGGGUCUCCGCUGGUGGUCCUACCAUACAUGAAACAUGGAGAUCUUCGAAAUUUCAUUCGAAAUGAGACUCAUAAUCCAACUGUAAAAGAUCUUAUUGGCUUUGGUCUUCAAGUAGCCAAAGGCAUGAAAUAUCUUGCAAGCAAAAAGUUUGUCCACAGAGACUUGGCUGCAAGAAACUGUAUGCUGGAUGAAAAAUUCACUGUCAAGGUUGCUGAUUUUGGUCUUGCCAGAGAUAUGUAUGAUAAAGAAUACUAUAGUGUACACAACAAAACAGGUGCAAAGCUGCCAGUGAAGUGGAUGGCUUUGGAAAGUCUACAAACUCAAAAGUUUACCACCAAGUCAGAUGUGUGGUCCUUUGGCGUGCUCCUCUGGGAGCUGAUGACAAGAGGAGCCCCACCUUAUCCUGAUGUGAACACUUUCGAUAUAACUGUUUACCUGUUGCAAGGGAGAAGGCUCCUACAACCCGAAUACUGCCCAGACCCCUUAUAUGAAGUCAUGCUAAAAUGCUGGCACCCUAAAGCUGAAAUGCGCCCAUCCUUUUCUGAACUGGUGUCCCGGAUAUCCGCGAUCUUCUCUACUUUCAUCGGGGAACACUAUGUCCAUGUGAACGCUACUUAUGUGAACGUAAAAUGUGUGGCUCCAUAUCCUUCUCUGUUGUCAUCACAAGAUAACGCUGACGGCGAGCUGGACACCUGAACAGCCUCUUUCUGGGAGACAUCAUAGUGCUAGUACUAUGUCAAAGCACCAGUCCACACUUUGUCCAGUGGUUUUUUCACUGCCUGACCUUCAAAAGACCAUCAAUAUUCUUUGCUCUUGCCAAAAUUGCACUAUUACAGGACUUGUAUUGUUAUUUAAAUACUGUAUUCUAAGGAAUUUCUUAUCUGACAGAGCAUCAGAACCAGAGACUUGGUCUCACAGGCCACUGCAGCCGUGACAACACUCCUAUCAUAUUGGAGUCCAAAACUUGAAUUCUGGGUUGAAUUUUUAAAAUAUCAGGUGCCACUUGAUUUCAUUUGGGAAACUGAAGCAAUGAAUGUUGAGGGCUUAUCAUAGAAAACUCAGAAGAGAUAGUAAUGUUCAGGACAGACGCAGCAGCACCAGGACAGGCUGCUUGUUUAGAAUUCCAGUUUUUCAAAAAACUUUUGUGCAUUGUAUGGUCAAUAACAUUUUUCAUUACUGAUGGCGUCAUUCACCCAUUAGGUAAACAUUCCCUUUAAAUUUUUGUUUGUUUGUUUUUUGAGACAGGGGUUCUCUCUGUUGCCCAGGCUGGAGUGCAGUGGCGUGAUCACAGCUCACUGCAACCUCCAUCUCCCAGACUCAAGCCUCCUGAAUAGCUGGGACUACAGGUGUGCAUCACCAUGCCUGGGUAAUUUUUGAGUUUUUUUUUUUUUUUUGCAGAGACGGGGUUUUGCCAUGUUGCCCAGACUGGUUUCGAACUCCUGGACUCAGGCAGUUCACCCACCCCAGCCUCCCAAAGUGCUAGGAUUGCAGGCAUGAGCCACUGCACCCAGCCCUUCUAAAUUUUUGUAUAGACAUUCCUUUGGUUGGCAGAAUAUUUAUAGGCAAUACAGUCAAAGUUUCAAAAUGGCAUCACACGAAAUGUGCUUAUAAAUGAACAGGAUGUAUUGUACAUAGAUAACAUUAAGAAGGUUUGUAUGAAAUAAUUUAGUCAUCAUGAAAUAUUUAGUUGUCAUAUAAAAAUCCACUGUUUGAGAAUGAUGCUACUCUGAUCUAAUGAAUGUGAACAUAUGGAUGUUUUGUCUGUAUUUUUUUUAAAUGACAACUCAAAAUAAGACAUGUAAUUUGUGAUGAUAAGUAUUUUUAAAGGUAACUCAGCAUGUUUGUAAAGCAGGAUACAUUUUACUAAAAGGUUCAUUCGUUCCAAUCACAGCUCAUAGGUAGAGCAAAGAAAGGGUGGAUGGAUUGAAAAGAUUAGCCUCUGUCUUGGGGGCGCUUCCCACCUCACAAACAAUUAGAGACAAAACUCUUGGGGAGUUUUAUUUUGCAUUAGGGUAUGUUUUGUGUUAAGCAAAACAUAUUUUAGAAACAAACAAAUGAAAAAGGCAAUUGAAAAUCCCAGCUAUUUCACCUGAAUGAAAUAGCCACCCUGAGCAGGACUUUGUGAUGUUUUGCUCUGUGGAAUUUUGUGCUUACUACUGUAUAGUGCAUGUGGCGUAGGUUACUCUAACUGGUUUUGUCGAUGUAAACAUUUAAAGUGUUAUAUUUUUAUAAAAAUGUUUAUUUUUAAUGAUAUGAGAAAAAUUUUGUUAGGCCACAAAAACACUGCACUGUGAACAUUUUAGAAAAGGUAUGUCAGACUGGGAUUAAUGACCUCAUGAUUUUCAAUGACUGUAAAUUGUGAUAAGGAAAUGUACUGAUUGCCAAUACAUCCCACCCUCAUUACAUCACCAGGAUUUGAAGCCAAGGGUUAACCCAGCAAGCUACAAAGAGGGUGUGUCACACUGAAACUCAAUAGUGGAGUUUGGCUGUUGUUGCAGGAAAAUGAUUAUAACCAAAAGCUCUUUGAUAGUGGGGAGACUUACCAGAAGACCCAAGGAAUUGUACUGAAGAGCUUUAUAAUCCAAAUAUUGCUGUUUCAUAAAUGUAACAAGUAAUACUAAUUCACAGAGUAUUGUAAAUAGUGGAUGACAAAAGAAAAUCUGCUCUGUGGAAAGAAAGAACUGUUUCUACUGGGAUCAAGUGAACGAACGCAUCAAGAAUAGAAAGAACUCGGAGAAACCUCCCAUCAACAGGACUGCGCACUUGUAUAUACAUUCUUGAGAACACCGCAAUGUGAAAAUCAGGUUUGCUAUUUAUAAACUUGUCCUUAGAUUAAUGUGUCUGGACAGAUUGUGGGAGUAAGUGAUUCUCUAAGAAUUAAAUACUUGUCACUGCCUAUACCUGCAGCUGAACUGAAUGGUACUUUGUAUGUUAAUAGUUGUUGUUCUGAUAAAUCAUGCAAUUAAAAUGAAGUGAUGCAACAUCUUGUA